AUGCAAUUCAAAACAGUAUUAUUUACUUUAGCUACUUGCCUUAGCUUGUCUGGUGUUCAAGCCAAGGACUCUUGUUCAUUCUCAACUACUAUUACUGCAGCUAGUGCUGCUUCACAGUUGAAUUCAUGUCCAACUUUAGAUGGUAAAAUUGAAAUCACAGGUGAUGAAAUUACUAGUCUUGACUUCAGCAGUGUUGAAGUAAUCAAAGGUGACUUAAAGUUGUUUAACUCUUCUUCUGUUACUGAUGUCAACCUUAACCAGUUGAGCGAAAUCAGCGGUUCUUUGACUGUCCAAGCGUACACCCAAUUACAUUCUCUUGAUUUAACUUCAUUGAGCAAGGCCGAGGAAUUAUCAUUAAUUUCUUUACCAUCAUUUGCUAUAUUGAACUUGAACAAGGGUAUUUCUGAUGCUGGUUCUAUUAAAAUUUCUGACACUGCUUUAUCUUCAUUAGAAGGUUUAACUAAUUAUGAAACUGUUGGCUCAUUAGAUGUGGAUAACAACAAGAAUAUCUCAUCGAUUGAUUUGUCUUCAUUACAAUCCGUUAAGGACACUUUGGUUUUGAGUUUCAACAGUGAUGAAUGUGAAGUUAAAUUGGACCAAUUAAUUUGGGCCUCUAACUUGACUAUUCAAGAUGUUGCCGACUUCUCUGCUAGUAACUUAACUAAGGUUAAUGGUACCUUUAAUCUUGCUUACAACACUUUUGAAUCUGUUGAAUUCAAAAAGUUGAAAGAAGUUGGCGGUUCUUUACAAAUUUUCGCUAACAACGAUUUAACUGAUAUCUCUGUUGAUAAGUUAACUACUAUUGGUGGUGAAUUCAGAAUGUUCAACAACACAGAAUUAGAAGACAUGGAAGAUUCUUUCUCUAAAUUACAAACCGUUGAAGGUGCCGUUAAUAUUGAAGGAAAUAUCGCUAACUUCACUUUACCUAAAUUGAAGGAGGUCGAUGGUACUUUCACCUUUGAAACUAAGUCUGACGAAUUCGACUGUUCUGCAUUUAAGAAGAAGCUUAAGAAGGUUGUUAAGGGUGGUAAGAGUCCUAAAUGUUCUGCUCCAAAGAAGAAGAAGUCAUCCAGUUCUAAGAAGGGAUCUUCUUCUACCUCUUCUUCUUCUUCUUCAUCUACCGAUAGUUCAAGUUCUGGCUCAAGUUCAAGCUCAAGUUCUUCUUCCACUAAAUCCUCGAACGCUAAUGUUUUGAUUAAUAGCACCUUCAUCUUGACUAUUGCUAUUGGUGCUGUUUUUGCUUUAUUUGUCUAG